AUGAAGCGAUGGACAAAUUUAGGAUUUGUUGAUACGAUCUAUGAAGAAGAAGACUACGUGGAACACUCGUCUUCCUACUCUUCUUCUUCUUCAUCUUUGUCUCCUUCUCCUCAACAACGUAUCAAUCUCUCUUCUCCUUCGAUGGAGCUUGAAUCUAGAGUCCAUAAAUGGUCGUUAGCUAAUAACUCUAAACCUGAUGUGUUGGUACAUGUGGGAGGCACAAGCUUCCAUCUUCACAAGGAUCCUCUGUCAAGAAGGAGUGGCUAUUUAAAACGCCACCUAACGGGAGUUAACGAAUUAACUCUCUCACCGCCGUUAAAAAUAACGGCUGAAACGUUCUCGUUAGUAACGGCAUUCUGUUACGGCGCUCACAUUGAACUAACGCCGUUCAAUGUCGUUUCGCUGAGAGUCGCUGUCGAGAUUCUUCUGAUGACGGGAACUGGAGGCAACGACGUUAGAGACAACCUGAGGAACUUAACGGAGACUUAUCUCCGACGAGUCAUCUUCGUCAAAGUUGAUUACAUCAAGAUCGUUCUCAGUUCAUGCCUUGUCUUGCUUCCGGAGUCGGAGACGACGGCUUUUUUAGUAGGAAGAUGCAUUGAAGCUUUGUCGGAAGUUGGAGACGGAGACAGCGUCAACGAGUUUCUCGAGGAUGCCGUUAUACUUCCCGCCGGAAAUUUCAUUGUCGUCGCCGACGCCGUGCAGCGUCUCUUCCCGCGCCACGAUUUGCUUUACAGAGUCGUUGAUGCUUAUAUGAAGGAGCAUAACGGAGAGAUAACGGAGGAAGAGAAGGUUCAGAUAUGUAAUUCGAUAGACUGCGACAAACUCUCGCCGCCGUUACUCCUUCACGCCGUCCAAAACCCGAAAAUGCCCCUGAGGUUUAUCGUACGCGCGAUGCUACAAGAGCAGGUGAACACGCGCCACUCGAUCAUGGCUGCCGCCGACGCCGCUCCAGCCGGACACCGACAACGAGAGGUUCCCGGCGCGGCGAGAGAACCCUCCGCCACGCUCGGGGCGCUUCUCCAGCGAGACACGGCGGCGCGGCAAAACUGUCGGCUGAGAGCUGCGAUGGACUCGACAAGCUCGAGGAUCCAGAGCCUGGAGAAAGAGCUCGACGCGAUGAGGAAGUUCAUAUCGAAAGAGUCGGAGAAGCAGAAACCAGACCGGAUCGUCGAGUCAAAGUCAAGGAGCGUGAUGGACUCUGCUCGAUCCGCGAGUUUCCACCAGCAGAGUAACGUGAACAAGGCGCAGAGAGGAGAGAGAGGGUCGGUUUCAUCACUGAGCACGACUUACCGGCGAAGAGGAGCAUCUCCUCCGCCGCAAUCGCAGCUACGACGCGACAAGAGCCUCGGGAAGAGACUGAUCAAGGGAAUAAAGAAUGUGUUCUCUGCAUCAUCUAAACAAGGAGCCAAGAAAAAUGCAAUUACAGUGGAGGAGAUUUAUGAUGGAUUAGAAGAUUUCGUCUGGAUCAAAGACAACGAUGGUGACAACAUCUCUGAAGAACUUCACUCUCACUACAUCAACAACAAAUAA